AUGUCAGACAAGCUCAAGGAACGCAAAAGAACCCCCGUUUCCCACAAAGUGAUAGAAAAGCGGAGGAGGGACCGGAUUAACCGCUGCUUGAACGAGCUGGGCAAGACUGUGCCCAUGGCCCUGGCGAAGCAGAGUUCCGGGAAGCUGGAGAAGGCGGAGAUCCUCGAGAUGACCGUUCAGUACCUGAGAGCCCUGCACUCGGCUGAUUUUCCUCGGGGAAGGGAAAAAGCAGAACUGCUAACGGAGUUCGCCAACUACUUCCACUACGGCUACCACGAGUGCAUGAAGAACCUGGUGCAUUACCUCACCACCGUGGAGCGGAUGGAGACCAAGGACACCAAGUACGCGCGCAUCCUCGCCUUCUUGCAGUCCAAAGCCCGCUUGGGCGCCGAGCCCGCCUUCCAGCCGCUAGGUUCGCUCCCGGAGCCGGAUUUCUCCUAUCAGCUACACCCAGCAGGGCCCGAACUCGCGGGCCACAGCCCGGGGGAGGCUUCCGUUUUCCCGCAGGGUGCUGCCCCCGGGCCCUUCCCUUGGCCUCACAGCACAGCCCGCAGCCCCGCACUGCCCUACCUGCCCAGCGCGCCCGUGCCGCUCCCGAGCCCUGCGCAACAGCACAGCCCCUUCCUAGCGCCAGUGCAGGGGCUGGACCGGCACUACCUCAACCUGAUCGGCCACGCCCACCCCAACGCCCUCAACCUUCACCCCUCCCAGCACCCCCCGGUGCUCUGA